UUCAUCUGUCCAUUUGUGGCAAGGGUGCAGUACCUCAAGACAACCAUGGUGUGGAAACUACUUCCCAUUUGCUUCCUGCUGCUGCUUUCUGCUUCCUUGAUUGAACAAGUUUCAUCUCAAGAUUUAUCAAGCUGUACAGGGAGAUGUGGGGAAGGGUAUUCUAGAGAUGCCACCUGCAACUGUGAUUAUAACUGUCAACACUACAUGGAGUGCUGCCCUGAUUUCAAGAAAGUCUGCACCGUAGAGCUUUCCUGUAAAGGUCGCUGCUUCGAGUCCUUUGCACGCGGAAGGGAGUGCGACUGUGACUCCCAGUGUAAGAAGUUUGGCAAGUGCUGUGCAGACUACGAGAACUUCUGUGAAGAACUGCAUAACCCCACAUCUCCACCACCUUCAAAGACUGCACCUCCGCCUCCAGAAGCAUCUCAAACCAUCAAAUCCACCACCAAACGCUCACCCAAAUCACCAAAAAAGAAGACUAAGAAAGUUGUAGAGUCAGAGGAAAUAACAGAAGAACAUUCUGUCUCUGAAAAUCAAGAGUCCUCCUCCUCCUCUUCCUCUUCUUCUUCAAGUAUUCGGAAAGUCAAGUCUUCCAAAAAUUCAGCUGCUAAUAGAGAAUUACAGAAGAAACCCAAAGCAAAAGACAAGAAAAGUCCUAAAAAAAACCCUAAGCCAGAACCACCAGUGGUAGAUGAUGCUGGAAGUGGACUGGACAAUGGGGAUUCCAAGCCCACCCCAACUCCCGCCGUUACUACUACCCCAGUGAAACCAGUAAAUCCUAAACCCAGUCUUCCACCUAAGUCUGACAUACCCAAAGAGGCAUCUUCCACAAACAAUAAAGAGACUACAGUUACAACUAAAGAGAGUACGGCCACAAACAAACAGACUUCUACCAGUGCAAAAGAGAAGACUACUUCAGCUAAAGAGACACGAAGUGCAGAGAAAUCAUCUGAAGUUCCUGCGAAGCCUACACCCAAAGCUGAAAUGACAACCAAAGCCCCUGAUCUGCCUGCCACCACCAAAGAACCUGCACCCACUACCACCAAAGAACCAGCUCCCACUACCCCCAAGGAGCCUGCACCCACUACCACCAAGAAACCAGCACCCACCACCCCUAAAGAGCCUGCACCCACUACCACCAAAGAACCAGCACCCACCACCCCUAAAGAGCCUGCACCCACUACCAAGGAACCAGCUCCCACCACCGCUAAAGAGCCUGUACCCACUACCACCAAAGAACCAGCACCCACCACCCCUAAAGAGCCUGCACCCACUACCACCAAAGAACCAGCACCCACCACCCCUAAAGAGCCUGCACCCACCACCACCAAAGAACCAGCACCCACCACCCCUAAAGAGCCUGCACCCACUACCAAGGAACCAGCUCCCACCACCCCUAAAGAGCCUGCACCCACUACCACCAAAGAACCAGCACCCACCACCCCUAAAGAGCCUGCACCCACUACCACCAAAGAACCAGCACCCACCACCCCUAAAGAGCCUGCACCCACUACCAAGGAACCAGCUCCCACCACUUCUGAGAAGACUGUACCCACAACCACCAAAAAACCAGCUCCCACCACUACCAAAGAGCCCAUAUCUACCACCACCAAGGAACCUGUGCCCACCAUCCCUGAAGAGCCUGCACCCACCACCCCUGCCAAGCCUGUCCCUAUCACCCCUGAGAAGCUUGCACCUACCACUCCGAAGAAGCCUGUAUCCACCCCCACCCCCACUACUCCCAGGAAACCUGUACCCACUACCCCUGAGAAACCUGCUCCAAGUUCUCCUAAGACACCAGCCCCAACCACCACCACAGAGCCUUCUACUACUCAGAAAAAUCCCGAAGCAACUCCUGAAUUUCCUGCAGAUCCCACACCGAAGGCUCCUGACAAUAGUCCCAAAGAGCCUGCAGUAUUAACAACGAAAUCUCCUGAGAUGACAACAGUAGGUAAAGACAAGACAACAGAAAAAGACAUACCUACCACCCCUGCUACACCUAAGAUGACAACUAAAGAGACAACAACCACAGAAGAAAAAACUACGGAAUCCAAAACAAGCACAACCAUGCAAGUAAAACCCACCGCUCCUCAAGAUGCAUCACUUAAAGUUACUACUCUUAAACCCAAAGUAACUACUGCAGCUGAAGAGACCAUGAACAACCCUGAAGAAACAACUCCAGGAUCAGAAGAGACAACUACUAAUGCUAAGACAACUCCCAAACCCCAGAAACCAACAAAAGCACCCAAGAAGCCUAAAAAGCCAGCCAAAGCACCCAAAAAGCCCACUUCUACCAAAAAGCCUAGCACUCCUAAAGUGAAGAAACCCAAGACGACACCAACUCCCCCAAAGAUGACUUCAACGGUGUCUGAACUGAACCCUACCUCUGUAGCAGAAACCAUGCUCCAAACCAGUCCUAGCCAAACUCCAAACUCAGACCUGGCUGGCGUAAAUCCAAACAACGAAGACGCGGAUAGUGAUGGUGUGGAAGCUGGAAACCCUCACCUGAUUCCCAGUCCCCCUGUGCUAGCUCCUCUAGUCAUUCCAGGCACUGAUCACUUCGUGAGAGGUCCCAAUCAAGACAUUUACAUCAAUUCCAUGACUUCAGAUGAGACCAAUUUAUGUAAUGGUAAGCCAGUAGAUGGACUGACUACUUUGCGCAAUGGGACAUUAGUUGCAUUUCGAGGUCAUUAUUUCUGGAUGCUCAAUCCGUUCAGGCCACCAUCCCCACCCCGAAGAAUCACUGAAGUUUGGGGUAUUCCCUCCCCCAUUGACACUGUUUUUACCAGAUGCAACUGUGAAGGAAAAACUUUCUUCUUUAAGGAUUCUCAGUACUGGCGUUUCACUAAUGACAUAAAAGAUGAAGGGUAUCCCAAACCAAUUGUGAAAGGAUUUGGAGGACUAACUGGGAAAAUAGUAGCAGCUCUUUCUGUAGCUAAGUACAAGAACAGGCCUGAAUCUGUGUAUUUUUUCAAGAGAGGGGGCAACAUUCAGCAAUACACUUAUAAACAGGAACCUACCCAAAAAUGCUCUGGAAGAAGACCUACUAUAAAUUAUUCAGUCUAUGGAGGAGCAGCACAGGUUAGGAGACGUCGCUUUGAACGGGCUAUUGGACCUGCUCAGACACACACCAUCAGAAUUCACCUUUCACCUGUCAGAGUUUCUUACCAAGAUAAAGGCUUCCUCCACAAUGAAGUUAAAGUGAAUACAAUGUGGAGAGGGUUUCCAAAUGUGGUCACUACUGCUUUAACAUUGCCCAACAUUAGAAAACCUGAUGGCUAUGAUUACUACGCCUUUUCUAAGGAUCAAUACUAUAACAUCGAUAUUCCCAGUAGAACAGCAAGAGCAAUUACUACUCGUUCUGGACAGACCCUCUCCAAAGUCUGGUAUAACUGUCCUUAGAUGGAUCAACAAA